GCUCCGCCCGGUGCCGGCUCCGGAAGCGUCGGUGCGGGCGGCGGAGCCGUUUCCUGCCCGGGACGCGGCGGAGCGGAGCGGAGAGGAGCCAUGACGCACCAGACCGGCAUCCACGCCACCACGGAAUUAAGGGACUUUUUUGCCAAAGCCCGAAAUGGUUCAGUUCGGCUCAUCAAGGUGAUCAUCGAGGAAGAACAGCUCGUUUUGGGAGCACACAAGGAGCUGGCCCGGCGCUGGGACAUGGACUAUGAUGCCUUUGUGCUACCCUUGCUGGAUGAGCAGCAGCCAUGCUAUGUGCUGUACCGCCUGGACAGCCAGAACGCCCAGGGCUACGAGUGGCUCUUCAUCUCCUGGUCCCCUGAUAACUCCCCGGUCAGGCUGAAGAUGCUGUAUGCUGCAACCAGAGCGACGGUGAAGAAAGAAUUUGGAGGGGGGCAUAUAAAGGAUGAGAUGUUUGGAACAGUUAAGGAGGAUGUGUCCCUCAGUGGGUACCAGAAGCACGUAUCAUCCUGCUCUGCGCCCGCCCCGCUGACUGCAGCUGAGCAGGAGCUCCAGCAGAUCCGCAUCAAUGAGGUGAAGACAGAGAUCAGUGUGGAGAGCAAGCACCAAACCCUGCAGGGCCUGGCCUUUCCCCUGCAGCUGGAUGCACAACAGGCUAUCCAGGCACUGAAGCAGAAGAAAAUCAAUUACAUCCAGCUGAAGCUGGAUCUGGAGCGGGAGACCAUCGACCUGGUGCACACGAGCCCCACAGAGAUCACUGACCUGCCCAAGAGGAUCCCACAGGACUCUGCUCGCUACCACUUCUUCCUGUACAAGCACUCACAUGAGGGAGACUACCUGGAGUCUGUUGUGUUCAUCUACUCCAUGCCUGGGUACAAAUGCAGCAUCAAGGAGCGCAUGCUCUACUCCAGCUGCAAGAGCCGGUUGCUCGACACCGUGGAGCAGGAGUUCUGUCUGGAGAUAGCAAAGAAGAUUGAGAUCGACGACGGCGCUGAGCUGACGGCAGAGUUCCUGUAUGACGAGGUGCACCCCAAGCAGCACGCCUUCAAACAGGCCUUUGCCAAGCCCAAGGGGCCCGUGGGGAAACGGGGACAGAAAAGGCUGAUUAAAGGGCCAGGAGAGAACGGCGAGGACAGUUAGAUCUGGAUGAGGCAGGGACGGGUGGUGAAUGGACAGCAUCCCCCUGACGUUUCCCAGCUUCCACCCCUCCGUUCCAGGCCUUUCUGCUGACCUGGGGAUCUUUUCCUCCAUCUCAACCUUCCCCUCCCCUUCUUUUCCCUUUUUCAUUCCUUUUUGAGCAUCAGGACGGGUUGUUUCUCCCGACGCAGAGCAGUGGGAUGGGGACAGGCUGUAGGUGUUUGUGUUUCUUUCUCCUUGUGCAAGCCUGGGAACAACUGGGGAAGCACGGGAGCAGCAGGAUCAUGUCCCCAGCCUACUCUGGUCCCAGAGCUGUCCCCAGUCCUCUGGCACCAGAGCUUUUCCUGUGCUGAGGGAAGGAUUCACUCACCUACAAGCUGCUCUAUGCAAAGGAAGGAGAUGAUACCUGGUGUUGGUUUAAUAGCAGAUAACAUUAAAUGCUUCUUUCUCUCCUCCCUCUUCCUACAACCUUUGCUCAGCAGAGCCCCGCUGUGCAAGUCCUAUGGCUGCCCAAGCCUUUCCAGGCUGCAGCCCAGACCCAUCCCUGCAGGGGGAACUUUGCUGUUGCAGCCCCAGCACCUGGCAGGAGUGUUUGUCCCUGGUGAGAGACAGCCCCUUGUUCUAUCUGGAUUUGCCUUUUGGGGAGUACAGAUGCUUCUCCCUUCCCUUCUCACUCCCAGCUGUCAUACAGAGCAUCCUCAUGGCCAGGACUCUGGACAUGCAAGCAGCAGCUGCCCAGUUCCUGACACUGCUGGUGGCUUCCCAUACAGCCACUCCAUGCUGCUCCCACCCAGCUCUAGGUCCCUGUGCCGGCUGGGCUGGCUGUGAAGCCCCUUGGGUCUGAGCUGGGGUACAGGGAUGUGGCUCAAUGGACUUUGAAGCCAGUUUCUCAUGGGUAUGGGCAGAGGAAGGGCAGCACCCAGCUCUGCUUUGGUCCAGUCUUGGUGCAGGGCAAGGUCUGAGCUCCACCUGACUUUGGAGAAAGGUUACUGUGCCUGUUGGCAAUGUUUGGAUCCCCUUUCUGAUCCACCAAGGGCAGCCUUUUCCCUUGGAGGGAGCUGUUACAGCCCUGCCUCAGCCCUGUGGCUGGGUUUGGGGCAGGAGCCGGAACCCAUUCCAUGCCACCCCUGUCCCCUGUGUUGUCUGUCAUCGUACUUCAUCCUCCCCCAUUUCCUUCAUCCCCAUCCCUGUGCUUUUAUCAGCAUAGGGGUGCCUCAGUGUUUGUAGUGUGAUUGCAAGGCAGGGGCUGGCUUGACUGCUCCAUUAAUUCUGGGUGUUGUCAUCUGUGGGGUGAACCUCUGAUCCAGGCUGGCACCCAGGUGAGAGGGGUGGCAAGGAAAAGGGUGUGGGAGAUGGGAUAAAGCCCUGAGCCCCUGGAAGGCCACCCAGCUCCCACCCACGUGGGCUGCCCCAAAUUCUGGCACAAGGAAGGCUGCUCCCCAGGGAGGACCAGCUGGGGCUCCACUGUGCUCACAGCAUCGAGGACAUCGCUGGUCACCAAGGGCUGGUUGAGUUUGGCACUGUGGAUUUGGCUUUUCUUGGAGGAUUUGGGGAGGAGAGCACCUUGCUGCUGGGUACCAGCGAGGCCUGUUUCUCCCACACCCCUGGGCAAUGGUAACACCAGGCUGCUCCUGUGCCCUUCCCCACUCACCGGUGAAUGUGCCGAUGUUGCCUUGACCGUGUUGGGGUGCCCCAGUGAGGGGGGUGUGAAGCCUUGGGGGGAACGGAGCUCACUGUACUGAAUGCUGUAUUUUCUAAAGAAUAAAGUAUUUUUAAAGCA